GGAGAAUUUUGGUAGUUUGUGAUAAUUCGGUAUUCUCGGGAGCCGCACGGUCGUACCCGCCGGGUAUGGUUAACUCAAUAAACGUCAGUAAGUGAUGGAUGCGGAAAUGUAUAAGGUGACCAAAGGAGUGAUGAUGAAGCAACAUCUGUACGGAGUGGCAGCCCCUCAAUCUGACUGAAAUGAAGAAAACGGAUCGUGUAUAUGCAAGGGUAAGUGGAAGUACAAGAAAUCAAGCACAAACACAGUACUACAUAAACAAGGUUGGAAAUAGUAUAUUAGAAAAAAAAAAAAGAACAUGGCGGCGUUAAACGACUGCCAACCUCUCAGCCCGUUAGCCCCCAGGCACAUUGCAUCACGUUCGGCGGCUUCAGCAGCUAUGUCGGCAGCAAAUACGACCUUCUGCGCUCUGGACAAUCUCAAAGACACACUCGCGCAUUUUUUUGUCACGAUUAGGAAGGCGGAGUGUCACGAGAACGCGGAGGAACUGACUACCGCAAUACAACCGUGUAUAGGGAUACACCUAGACAUGGCGACGGAUAUGAUGUCGCGGAUCAGUGAGGUCUGGUUGAUAGCGACUGCUAAGCAGGAGGACAAGGUUGCAGAUUUUCUUCAUGACGCUAUCUUCGAAAUUCUCACAGAUCUAGACAUCGCACUAAAGGACGGCGAAGAUAUGGUAGAAAUGAUGGGCAUGAAUAUGGAUGGCGGCGACGUUCGAUCUAUAGUUUCUCUAAGGACGUGGUGUAUAAAGAACGACAUCGCCCAAGAGAAUCUGCAGAGUAUUUCUAAAAAGAUUGACAAUCUCAUCGAGACGAUUGAAAUCCUACGAGCUCGCGACAGAGGUGGCAGACAGUUGAUUCAUACUAUUUGUGGCCAUGAACCAUCCAAGAAGUACAUGUUGUUCAAAAACAACUAAACGGUAGAAGCACGAAGGAGAUCUUUCCGCGACAAGCCGAUGAUAAGGGGGCAGACAUUGCGAUGGACCGAAGAUCGAGCUUCACCUCUGUUGACACAGAGUUCGUGGAGAGGAUCGAGGUGAAAAGCAGCAUGCAUCCUUGGGUCUGAACGUUCUCAUCGAUGCUCGAAGUUGGCAAUGUGGACAAGAAGGGGCGUAGUGAUAGAGAAAGAAGUGAAAAACUUAACGACAAGAACCAGAAAUAAAAGGGAAAAGCCAAAAUGAGUCAUGACUUUCCUCACAAAUAAAAAUCCAGAUGCAGUAUACAGGAAAAAAGAGAGGUAUAUGACUACGACCGUAAGAGAACGAAGAAAGUUAACUACGAAAUUAAGGAUGAUGAGUACUCUUCCUGG